CCUGGGAGAAACCGGGAGAAACCAAAGGAGCUCCCAGCCAUGGAAACCCCUGGGGAGCCAGGGGCUGGACCUCUUGGAGCCCCCAGCCUCUCCAACUUCACACCUGGGCACCCGGAGAGAGAAAAGCUAGUGAAGUUGGAAGGGCAGCCCCGUGGGACAGAGAGGGAUGGCAGAGCAGGGCCAGCCCAGGACCCACUGUAUGAUGUGCCCGGGGCCGGCGGGUGGAAGACAGUUGGGCCCCAGCGGCCCGGGCGCACCGUGAGCCUGCGGGAGCGCUUGCUGCUCACGCGGCCCGUGUGGCUGCAGCUGCGGGCCAACGCGGCGGCUGCACUGCAUGUGCUGAGGACCGAGCCCCCGGGGAUGUUCCUUGUGCGGAAAUCUAACACUCGCGGGUGCCAGGCCCUGUGCGUGCGGCUGCCCGAGGCCAGUGGCCCCUCCUUUGUCUCUAGCCACUACAUCCAGGAGAGCCCUGGGGGCGUCUCCUUGGAGGGCUCAGAACUCAUGUUCCCAGACCUGGUCCAGCUCAUCUGCGCCUACUGCCAUACCCGAGACAUCCUCCUCCUCCCACUGCAGCUCCCCAGAGCCAUCUGCCAGGCAGCCACCCACAAGGAACUGGAAGCCAUCUCCCAUCUGGGCAUUGAGUUCUGGAGCUCCUCCCUCAACACCAGGGCUCAGCAGGGCCCAUCUGAAGACCAGCUGCUGCCCCGGCUGAAGCCCCGGCCCCCACAAGAGCUGGACCAGGGUACGGGAGCUGCCCUGUGCUUCUUCAAUCCCCUGUUCCCAGGGGACCUGGGCCCCACCAAGCGGGAGAAAUUCAAGAGGAGCUUCAAAGUGCGUGUGUCCACGGAGACCUCCAGCCCUCUGUCUCCACCCGCUGUGCCACCUCCCCCGGUCCCCAUUCUGCCAGGUGCAGCCCCCAGCCAGACAGACAGGUUACCCCCUCGCCAGCUUCUGCGAAGGGAGAGCUCAGUGGGGUACUGUGUGCCAGGGGGCACCAGCCCCAGCCUCCCACCCCUACCCUCCCUCCGGGAGGUAGACUGUGGCUCCCCCAGCAGCUCCGAAGAGGAGGGGGCGCCCAGGGCCCACGGAAGCCCGGCAACCUCACCCCGCCUGGGCCACCGGAGGCCCCUGCUGCGGUCCAUGAGCGCGGCCUUCUGCUCCCUGCUGGCGCCUGAGCGGCAGGUGGGCCGGGUGGCCACAGCUCUGAUGCAGGACCGACAGACGGCUGUGGGCCAGCUGGUGCAGGACCUCCUGACCCAGGUGCGGGCUGGCCCUGAGCCCCGGGAGCUGCAGGAUGUCCGAGAGGCGCUGAGCCGGGCUCGGGCCAUGCUGAGCGCAGAGCUGGGCCCUGAGAAGCUGCUGCCGCCUGAGAGACUGGAGCACAUCUUGGAGAAGUCGCUGCACCGCUCCGUGCUCAAACCUCUCCGGCCCAUCCUGGCCUCCCGCCUGCGUCACCGGCUUUCUGCCAAUGGCUCCCUGGGCCGCCUGGCUGAAGGCCUCCGCCUGGCCCGGGCCCAGGGCCCUGGAGCCUUCGGGUCCCAUGUGAGCCUGCCCUCCCCGGUAGAAAUAGAGCAGGUGCACCAGAAGCUGCUGCAGCUGCUCCGUGCCUACUCACCCAGUGCUCAGGUCAAGCGGCUCCUGCAGGCUUGCCAGCUGCUCUACACAGCCCUGAGGACCCAGGCGGGGGAGGGCGCGGGGGCAGAUGAGUUCCUCCCACUGCUAAGCCUCGUCCUGGCCCAGUGCGACCUUCCUGAGCUGCUGCUGGAGGCUGAGUACAUGUCAGAACUGCUGGAGCCCACCCUGCUCACCGGAGAGGGCGGUUACUACCUGACCAGCCUAUCGGCCAGCCUGGCCCUGCUGAGUGGCCUGGACCAGGCCCACACCGUCCCCCUGAGCCCGUCACAGGAGCUACAGCGCUCCCUCAGCCUCUGGGAGCAGCGCCGCCUGCCCGCCACCCACAGCUUCCAGCACCUCCUCCGAGUAGCCUAUCAGGACCCCAGCAGCGGCUGUACCUCCAAGACCCUGGCAGUGCCCCCAGGGGCCUCGAUUGCCACCCUGAGCCAGCUCUGUGCCACCAAGUUCCGAGUGACCCAGCCUGACACAUUUCGCCUCUUCCUAUACAAGGAGCAGGGCUACCACUGCCUGCCCCCUGGAGCCCUGGCCCACAGGCUUCCCACAACCAGCUACCUGGUCUAUCGCAGGGCAGAGCAGCCUGAGGCCCAGGAGGCCACACCUAGGGCUGCACCAGAGGUCCGCAGUGGGCAGCCAGAGGCAGGGGGCAGGGAGGAGGUGGGGGGGCGCCAGGGAGAUGGGGCCCUCAAGGUCAAAGCCAGUCCCGAGGACAGCAGAGGAGAGUCUGAGACAAUUACUGAAAGGGCCGAGGGAGGUAUGGGCCAGGCUAGGGAGGGCCCUGCUCAGCCAGGGGGGCCAGAGGCUGAGGCAGCAGAGGAGUAGCUGGAAGGGGCCAGACUGGUCAUUUGGGACAUAAAACUCAGCCUGCUGGGAAUGCCUCUCAGGCCCACCCCUCUCAGGCUUCCCCACCCCAGGCCACUCCUGGGCGUGCCACCCUCUGUCUGAUACUCAUCUCUGUGAUCACACCUGCAGGGGUGGUGCCUGGACUGGCUAUAAUGGAACACUGGAAUAAAGCUGAGGGGAUCUGAGGGACUCCACACCAAGGGCUAAGGCUCUUUGCCUCUUGCCCUUCCCUCCCAGCUGGAGGCCAACCAGUCUUUAGUAGCCAGAGUGCUGGCAAGGGACAAACUCAACAGGGGCCCAGCCUCUGGCAGUGGCAGCAGUGGGGCAGAGGCGCUGUGCUGGCAGCCCCUCCUGGCUUGGGGCUUCAGGGCCCCAGAAGGCUUCACCUGCUUUUGGGUCAGGAGGAUUCAGGGACCCCACAAGGGCUCAGAGCCCAGUCUGGCCUUAGCCCACCCGGAAGACUAACAAUGCCAGUCUUCCAGUGUCCUCACCUAGAAAGAGGGGGUGCUGUUGCUGUCCUGCCUUCUCCCAGAAGUCCUCCAGGGGUCACAUGGAUGGUUCUGAUGCAAAGCAGAGCUCAGACUAGAGGGAAGGAGAGGGUGGGGGUGUGCUGUUAGCAACACCCCCUCUGAGGGUCUGUUGUGUGCAUUCACUGAAGGCUCUUGUCUGUGAUUCUAGAGGAGAUCCUUGAGAUCCCAGCCGGAGGAUCACCCAGACCCCAGUCCAUCCUCAAGAUGGGAAGUCCUGCCAGACACUCUGGCAGCCCAGGGGACUUGAACAGGGGAGACAGGCUUCUCAAAUGGAAGGGUGCUUGGAAACUAUUUUCUCUGCACUUAGCCUCUUCUGGGCCUCACAAGAGCUUCACGGGAGGCUGGGCACAGUUUAUUACACACUGAGGUUUGGGGAAGUGACUCUUGAGAUAUUGAUUGCACAGUCAGCCAUUAAGGGUUCCCCACCCAAACCAGGUGUCAGGUUACAAAGACACCCUCUAGUCUAAGUCACCAAUAAAUUAACCCUAAUGCCCUACAGCCCCAAAGUGGGGGGGAGGGGCAGAGCUGGGAGCAAAUCGGAGCAAAGAAGAUGCCAGUAACGACCACAAGAGGGUGCGUGUAGCCCAGGAAGUGGCAGAGUGGGUAAUUCAGAGGGGUGAGGGCGGCUCCAGGGCCCCACAGAGUUAGGUGGUCAUAGGCUCUGUACUCUGGCAGCCACCAGGCAACCAGGGGUCGGGGCAGGGGCCAGUGCUGUGGGCCCUCAGCUCCCUUGGAAUCGGGGAUCUGGGGGACGCUAACUCCAUGGGGAUCACUAUACACCUGGCCCUGGUGGAAGGAGGACCCCAGCCAGUCUCCCUCAGUGCUGAGCACAAAAGGACAUCAGCCCGCAUGUCAGACAGACAAUGACAACUGGAAGAGAGAAAUCCUGGACGUUGGGAUUUCAGACAGUCCAGAUACAGAUUUGGGUGCAGGGCUCCCAAAUUUUUCACUGGGCCACCAGCAGCUCUUCCCACCCCAUAUUCACCCACCACUCCACGCUUUUUGCUGAUAGGGAGUCUCCCCUUUUGUAUGUCCUCCCUCCCCAUCCCAUGCCCACACCUCAGUGCCUUGCACAGCACUGGGGCACUACGGAGACACUCAAUAAAUGUUGUCCCCUGA